AUGUCAUCGUAUGAAGAACGACAAAGGAAGCGAAGCGGUGAGGAUAUCACCUCAGAUGACGUCUCACUGCCGAAAAACGUGCCGACGGGCGGUUCGAAUCGUCUGGAACAAGUGAAAAUCGUGAUUGAGGACGAGUUGCAGCCGUCUGAUAACUCAUUGUUUGGAAAGUACCUCCUCCACGGCUCUCCAAUUAACGACGACCAGGCGGAAUUCAACGAAUUAGUCUACGCGUACAGAGUCCAUCAACGUAUGAUGCAACUGUCCUUCUCCACCAUCGAACAAUUCCUCGAAGAGCACAACGAAGGGCAGAAACUGCGAAAAUGGGAGCCAACUGAUGUGAAGAAGCUGUCGGAGGUUGAGUUGGUCGGACUCCUCUACUGGAUCGAAAAGCAACGGCCAUAUAAGGAACUGCCGAGUGAGGACAAGUCGGCGUUGCUCAUGAGAUAUUCUGUUCGCAAACUCAGCUUGGACCAUUUUUACAGUGCAUCGAAGCAUCCAGUACAUUGCGACAAUAGGGAAUUCGUCAUGAACAACUACACGUUCGUUCCAGAAGACCGCACUGGAUUCGAGCUCCCUGAAGACGAUGCACAUCAGAUUGAAGCAAAGAGAGGAGCGUUCUCCAGAACUUUCAACCGAUUCUGGAACAACGUCAUCGAUCGAUUCGUGCAAUUGAAGAUAACCGAUGCGGAGAUUGUCUUUCUUCACUGCAUGCUGUUGUGGAGUGAAUCAAACAAUUCUCAUGUGACCGAGGAGACCGUCAAGAAGAUGGAACAACGUCGUGAUUGGGCGACGAUUCGACUCUGCACCUGGUAUAAAGACCAUAACCUCGAGAAUCCGGACCUCCGACUCGAGAAGAUUCUCUUGUUGCUCGACGAGAUUGAGAUAGUGUGCGAUAUGCACUGUCAAGACUUCAUCGUCGCCAAGAUGUAUGAGUUCUGCGACAUGAGUCAGUUCUUCUACGAGAAACUGUGCUAUGCUCCGUGCAAUACGAACAUCGACAACGUCGAUCCGGAUUUCUUCGAGAAAUUCCGACAAUAUGCGAAAGCCUCUCCCAACGAGGAAUCGGAAGCUGACCAGCGCCGUCGAGGAGAGGAGAAUCUGCAACAAGUCGAUAUGGAUUCAGUUUCACUCACUCUCAAUCCACACCUUUUGCCAUGCGUUCUGGCUCCACUGCCGGAUGAUAAUCCUUAA